UCCAAUUAUAAUAUGGUCAUAUUUUGCAUGAAAGAGGGCAACACAAGUUCAAUGGCUAACCAAUACUCUUCUGAAUCUCAUCAUGACCACCAAAUUGAUCAAGAAUUGAAGAAACCAAACCAAGACAAAGACAACAACAAUGUAAAGGAACAAGAACAUGAACAAAAUGACACAAAUACAAAAGAAAUUGUUGAGGCAGAGGAUAUAAGUGGAAGAGAGAGGUUGAAAAGGCAUAGAGUUGAAAUGGGUGGAAGAGUAUGGAUUCCAGAUAUAUGGGGACAAGAGGAGUUUUUGAAAGAUUGGAUAGAUUGUACAGUGUUUGAUCCUCCUUUACUUCCUGCCAAUAAAAUUCUCACGGCUAGAACAGCUUUGGUUGAAGAAGGUAGAAGGUUCCAUUAUAGGUGUUGAAUUUUUUAUAAAUUCUCUUUUUUUUAGCUUAGUGAGUUAUCAUCAUUUAUUAUAUGUAUUGAUUGUGGAUGGUUAGUUUAUGCAUCGUAAUCUUUGUCUAAUUAAAACUGUUUUAUGAUGUUAAGCGAAAUCUGGAACUUUUAUUAUAUGAUGAUUGUAGUUAGUUACACUUCUUCCAGUUCCUUUUUUUUUUGUCUUGUUUUAAUUCAUUGUGAGUAACUUCAUCUUAUUUAGGUGAUGUUAUAUGAAAAAUGUUAUUUUUACA